GCUAAGCACUUAUAGCAUAAUAAAUUGUGUUUACCCUUAAUUGAACCAUACACUCAUCUUUUAAUGCCAAAUAUCAAAUGUUCAUUUGUAGCAGCACCAAUCAGGGAAGAGCUUUUAAAUUCGAGCAGAUGUUUUGUCCGUCAAGACUCUGGAAGAAAAUUCCAAAGAUUUUCAAGAAUUUCUUCGGUUUAUGUUUAGUGCAUCGAAGUUUUAUAACCGGCAAAGAAGAGAUAAGGUAAUGUAGUGCUUUCUUGUCCGCGAAUUGUCUAGUGCAAGCUUAAUAUUCGAGAAAAAAUGAACUGAGGCACACUUUGAUAGGCCAUUUUGGUCACGUGACCAAGAUUUAGUAAAAUGGCGGCUUCCCAAAAUUUUCAACAUGGACACUAAAAACAUUUAGAACAGCUUUAGUGAUGACAUGGACACAUGAUUUCUUGAUAUACGCUCUCUUGAUUGUCUAAUCUGUACCCUGAUUGUUUGAAAAUGUCAACGAGAGGAAGACGAGCAAGAGGCCGGCCGCCAAAAGCCCCGUUACCCAUCAAUCGCACAAAUUUUCUGCGAAAACCAAAAGCGUUUACGUCAGGAUCUGGGGAACAAAGUUUUAUUAGCACCACGGGCAAUGGAUCCCCCUACCUCUCCCAGAGUUUUCGGGGUUUUAGCACCAGAGGAAGAGGACGUGCUGCAUCUUAUAAAAGUCGAAACUUCGUAAGUCAGUUGAUUGCAGAUGAUGAUGAUUUGUCUUCUGUUGCGGACAUAGAAAAUGACAGAGCAAGUGAUAUAACUGAUUUCGAUAAUACAGACAACUAUGGUUCUGAUGUUUCUUAUGAGGAAUCAGAUGAUUCGUAUCUAAGCGACGAAAGUUUAAGCACAGUCAGCAGUUCAGUUAGCAGAAGAAAACUUUACCCUAAACGACCAAAAACUCCAGAAAUACCAGAUGACAAAGAUAUACCUCAGCUGGAACUGCCAUCAACUGCAACUGAUCUUAUAAUACCUCAAGAACACGUCUUGCAAGCUGUUGGUGUUUACGAAGUUUUGCGUCAUUUUAGAACAAAUCUCAGGCUCUCACCAUUUACAUUUGAAGACUUUUGUGCUGCACUAAUCUGCGAUGAGCAGUGCACACUUAUUGCAGAAAUUCAUAUAUGCCUCAUUAAAGCACUGCUGCGUGAGGAAGAAAGCAAUAAUACCAUGUUUGGACCUCAUGACACAAAGGAUAGUGUCAACAUCAGCCUGUUUUUUCUAGAUGGCAUGACAUGGCCAGAAAUUGCAAGGGCAUACCUAGACAGUGAGCGCCAUCCAGAGUUCAGAGCUGCAUUGCCAGCACUAACAUCAUCAAAUUUUCCAUAUGUUCCACUUGCAGAAAAACUUACAGUUUUGCAAACUCUGACAGAUUUGUUCUUGACUACCACAAGUGUACGUGCAGAGAUCACCAAUGAAGGCAACAUACACUAUGACGAUCACUGCCGUGCCUGUCAUAAGCUUGGCGAUUUGCUUUGUUGUGAGACAUGUUCAGCAGUAUAUCAUCUGGCUUGUGUGGAGCCACCCAUGGAAGAAGUGCCUGAGGAGGACUGGCUGUGCAGUGUGUGCAGUGCCCACCAGGUGAAAGGUGUUACAGACUGCAUUUCAGAAGCAGAAAAGAGUGGACUGUUGAGCCGACAAGAGCCAAUAGGUUUUGAUCGUCAUGCUAGGAAGUACUGGUUCCUUUGUCGACGCAUCAUUGUCGAAGGAGAAAAUGAAGUCUGGUACUAUAGUACAAAGUCACACGUAGAGGAGUUGAUGGAAUGCCUCGAAGGAGGAGAGUGGGAGCGAGAAUUGCUGGCUUCAUUGCAAGAAAUGCGUGAUGAUAUCAUGAAGCAUGUUGCCAUCACAGAGGAGUUGACAAGUACCAACAAGGGCAGCAAAAAAUCUAUCAUAGAGAUUGAAAUAGCUCAGCUUGUGAAGCAACAGGCAGAGCGGGCCAUGAGAAAAGCACAAGAAGAAGCAGAGCGCAGGCAGCGAGAAGAGGAAGAGAGGAAGAGACAAGAGGAAGAAGAAAAGAAAAUACAACAGCUUGUGCUGGAAGGCAAAAUAAUUCACAAAGAUGGUGAAAACAAGGAUAUAACUAUGUUAGAAGAGUCUUCCAGCAUCUUAACAGCAACCAUGAAUGAAGUGGUCAACACCACAAUGAACUUGUCUCAUAACUCUCAAAAAAAUGGUCAGGUAACAUCCUCUUCAACGCAGAUUAAAGAAACUACCACCACCAUUAUCACCACCACUACCACGACCACGACCACUGUUCAUAUGGAAGGUGCAUCUGCCGAGGCAUUCAACCACACCAAACCUCUCAACAUUUCUGGUAGGGACAGCUUACUGUCAUGCAUCCCCUCAGAGUCUAUCCCAGAAAGUACAGGACAAGAUGAUAAACCCAAACCUAAGGUUGUCAGCUUACAGUCUCUGAUUCCUAAUGUGAAAACUUCAGCACUGCAAGUGGAAGAUAAAGGUGGAGGUGGAAUGCCAAAGAUCACUCCAGGCACCAAGACAGUAUUGGUUGUCAACAGGGAAGGGGGUAAGGUAACCUUGCAGGUAGCUGCUCAGGCAUUGGAGAAGCUGAAUGAUGCUGGGAAGGGAGAAGAACUCACAAUGACUCAGCAGAUGUCAUCCACCACUACAACAGCAGCAUCAGGAAUUGAGACCAGGAGAAUUCUUACAAGAUCAAAAACUGGAUCACUGACACCCAAGCAGUUUACAGAUUCUAUCACCACAACUACAUCAUCCCUGAAAAUGUCUGGCAAGAGCUCAGCUGAUGAUGUGCUGGUUAUCAACAAAGAUGGAGAAAUAAGUCGCAUCACUCGUAGCAAAACACUGUCUUCUUCAUCUAUUGCAGUGUCACAAUAUUUCAGACUUGGCAUGGAAGGUGGCUACAAGUCAUAUCAGAAUCAGUACUCCACAAAUCCUUUGGCUCUCAACAAACACCAGCACAACGAAGAACGGGACAAGCGCCGCCAUUUGUCACACAAGUUUUCACUCACACAGGCCAGUGAAUUCAAGUGGAAUGGCUCAGUGUAUGGCAACAGAGCCAUUACCAUGGCUACUCUGCGCCUGAGCAUUGUGCAGCUUGAGAACAACAUCCCAGCAGCUUUCUUACAUCCUAACUGGAGUAUUCACAGAUCUAACUGGCAGAAAGCAGUACACAUGUGUCAAAGCCCUCAAGACUUUGCUCUGGCUUUGGCUAUUCUGGAAGCCUGCAUGAAGCCUGUCAUUUUCAAUCCUGUGUGGCAUGAGUCACUUGGUCAUACUCGGCUGCAGCGAAUCACAAGUGGUGAUAGAGAAGAGAUGAAGAAACGGGAAAAAGAAGCAAGGAAAAGGAAGGAAGAAGAAGAAGAAGGAAAACCUUUGGUUUGGAUUAAGUAUCCUCUAGGACUCAAGCAUCAGGUGUGGAAACAAAGAGGUGAAGAAUAUCGAGUUACAGGUGGCAAUGGCUGGCUGUGGGUGAGUUCAACUCAUGUUGGGAACUUUACCCCUCAGGAUACUGUUGGCUUGCGCAGCGUUGCUGUCAAAAUUCGCAAUCGACGUUUAAAGGCAGCCAAGGCUUUAUCUAAGUCAAAAACUUCGGAAGAAGACAAAGACCCAGAGAAUGGGGAUGGAGGGGAUAUAGAAGAUGCCAAGGAGGCCGAGAAUACAAAGGCAGCAGACAGCACAGGAUUCUCUACUUCAAAGGCAGCCUCAGAGAACAUGUGUAUUUUGCGGAGUUUAGCAUUUGAUGGUGGAGAGCAGAGAAUGAAUACAGAUGCUCAUGACGAAGCAAAAGAUGAGCAGACAGCAGAAAUAAUGGAAGUUGAUGCAUCUGAAAAUGACAGCCAGGCCUCUUUAGUAGCUGCGGCAGAAACAGGUCCCAGCUCACCAAAUACAGUUAAAUCUUCCACAUCCAGUGACCAGGACACUAAAGUACAUCCAUCACUGGCUGGAAACAAACUUACUAUGUUCACUCGCAACUGGGGUAACUUUGCAGAUAAGCGAGAUGCUGAACUGGCCAAGGAAGUGUUCUCCAAGAUGCCAGACAAGGUGACAGAUGUCGACGUAAUUAAUGUUUCUGAUGCCAUGCAGAACCGCACACAUUAUCCCAAGGUGACUAAGCCCUACUCUAAGCUGGACUCACUGUUGGAACGUCGCCUAAAGGCAGAGGAGAUUGAGUCUAAACAGCGUGCUGCCCUGGAGCAACAGAUCCAGUGGAAGUUGAAAUAUGAGGAAAAAGCCAAGAUGGGCCAUGAGAGUAAAGACAUCAAACCUAGUCUAGACAUUCUUAUAAAUGGUUUGCCACAGAGCAAAACACCAUCACGUUCUAGCAGUUGUUACUCACCUCUGUGUCACAGUUUAGGUCCUGAAGCUUGUUAUUCACCAGCCUGUAAAUCUCUGGCAGCAGCAGACUUAAAUGCAGGUAAAUCAGAUUUGUGUACAUUGACGAAGAGUGAAUCUACAGAAGUGAAAGUGGAAGUAAAAGUGGAAGCAAAAACAGCUUCUAGUGUGGCAGCAAGUGAUGUGACCAAGUGUGACAGUAAAUUGGCAGCAAAGCUCAUCAAAGAAGAGCCUUUGGACACUUCUCAAGGCUCACUUAAGGCAGCUAACAUAACCUUGGAGGAAGAAGAGAUCGAUGUGGAAGGGGACAGAGAGGGAGAAAAUUCAAACUCUUCCACUGCUUCUGACAAACUUCUGAACUCUCUAAAAGCUAAACCCCCAACCUCCAAUAGUGGAGAUAAUGGUGAAAAGUCUCAAAAGGCAGCAACUUCAAAAGACAGUGAUGCAGGAACUGUCAAGACGUCUUCAACAAAGGUCUCAUUAUCCACAUCGCUACUCACCAAAGACCAAGCAGAGAGUUCUAAUGACAAGUCCAGCAGUUUGCUACCAGGAAUUAAAGAUUCUGUUUCGGUAGCUCAUAGUUUAUCCAGCCGUUCAGGUCUGACCCUUUCCCAAGCACAGCUUGCACUGACGCAGGCCAUCAUGAAGAUGAGUGUUGAAGAGUUGCGAGCCAAAAUACCACCUGUCCGUCAUACACAAGACAAAUUCAAAUUGCCUCGGGUUGCGCGAAUAGGAGCAAAACAGAGAAGUAAGACAAUGAAGAAAGCCAGUCUGCCUGUUUGCCAGAAGUUUCAGACAACAAGUAAACGGAAGAGCAUUUUUGUUUUGGAAAACUAUGAAUUGGCAAAAUUGGCAAGACGUGGGGGCUUCCGCGAAACAUCAGGCUUCAACUACAACUGCAAGAUGAAUAAUGUAAACUGGAUCUAUCCAUGCCCACGGCCAUUAUUCAAAACAGCAUGGCGGUAUCGCACCCAAACACUCACCUCUUUGGCUGCAGCUGCUUUGCAGUUGCGCAUUCUCUGGGCAUGCACCCGGUGGGAUGAUCUGGCAGUCAAGCCACCUGCUGGUGGUACCAACACCAUCUCAACUGAGACUGAAAUCACCACAACAGAACUUCUGAAACGACGAGAUAUUGGACCACAUGGUCUGAGAUCUGAGUACCAGGUGCGAAAAAUUGUUGUGCCCCUGGGCAUCACAAACCAACCUAAAGAAAAGUAUACACCUCAGCGUAGUGGCUUGCGAGAGCGAAAACGAGUGGAAUCGCCACGACAGACAGAACCUAGUGUCACAGAGACCUGGGUUCCAGAAGAGGAAUUGGAACUUUGGGAGAUUCGUCAAUUUGGAGAAAAGUUAGAGAAGCAACAGGCAUUGGCACAAGAGAAACUGGCAGCACAAGGAGGUAGUGCAGGAGCCACAACAGUGGUAGUAACAACAAGCACUUCUGGCCUUUCUCAAACUGCUUCCCAGAUCAAAGCACAGAUGGAGCAACAGCUAAAACAGCAGCGCCUUGCUCUUCAACAAAAGCGCCUUCAGGAAAACCAGGGCAUCAAGCUCACCACUACCACUUCUACAGCAGCAGUAACAGGAGGCACUACAAUUGUUAUCAACAACUCGGCCAAUGGUGCUGCCCCGACACAUUUGAAGACAAUCUCAAUCAGUGCACCAAGUAGUGGAGGCGCAAGCACACCUACCCUCAUUAAACAGGUUCAACCCAAGACUAUCUCUACUCCUAGCACUGGGCUUCCUGGAUCCGUCAUGGGCAGUGCCCUUUCCAGUUCCCCAUUACGGCCAGGUGUGAAGGUUCAGCUGCCAGGUACUACAGUCUCCAUCCGUCCCACCACCUCUCUUACUCUGGCCCCCAAGCCUGGGGCCACCUCUGUUACUUCUGCCUCAGCCUCUACCCCAACUCCUCGCAUGAACACUCCGCAAGAGGCCACACAAGUUCUGAAAGGUACAGUGCAGAUUAAACCCCAGACAACUCCAAGCUUAACUGGCCAGGUGCAGAACCUCCAGAUUAUUCAAGGCCCUCAGGGACAGCUCCAAGUCCGUGGGCUCUUACCUGGCCAACAGAUAAUAAGACUGCCUGAUGGACGCCUCCAGCUGAUCACUAUACCAGGACAAAGCACAGCAGCAGUAAGCAGCCCUGCUGUAACUGUAGCCACAACUCAGCAGCAGCCACUUGUCAGGCCCACCAUCACAUUGCGACCACAGCAGCCAACACUGGUGGUCACCAGCCCUACCCCUGCCACCACACAGGCAGCACUGACACCUGCCACACAGACACGUCUCAUUGUGCCCACUCAAAUUGCAACAGCAGGAGCUGUUUCCCUGUCUGGUGUGGUAAGUGCUCCCACCAUCACUUUGCCUGCACGCCCUGCCACAAGUAUCCUAAGCAUGGCAGCUUCCUCACCCACCAAGCCACUUAUAAUCAGCACCACAGGCCGUCUGCCUGGCAGCACCAUACUCUCCGCUGCUGGCACACCUGGAACAGCUACCCAGCAGCUGGUCAGCCUUGCUGGACAGCAGGUAGUCAGUGCCCCUCUUUUGGCUGGACAGACUUUGCUGACAUCACAGGCUUCUGCCAAUCCUGUUACUACCAGCCAAGCAGUCACUACCCUUCCAGUGGUCUCCAUCCAGUCUGCUGCUGCAGUUUCCUCCACUCCAGCACCUGCAGUUGUGGCCCUGCAGACUUCUCAGGGGACAGCAUCCCUGCUGCCUGGUCAAUCCCUUCUUGCAAGGCCUUUGACUGGAACCACAGCAACAUCACUUCUUAGUGUAUCUUCUCCUGCUUCAGCAGCAACCUUGACCCUUGGCCAGAAAGUGACACACAUAAUUCAGGCAUCAAGUGCAGCAAACUCAGUCAGUACUUCCACCACAUCUGCAACCCCAACGCUUGCACGGACACUUGCAAGUAUCACUCCACAUCUGCAACUGAAAACAGUGGCAACUCCUACAGUGGCUGCAAUCAAGACACCGGCAUCCCCACUGCGUCAGGUUAUCUCUCCAGUUCCGGUGAAAUCAGCUAUCCCUGGCACAGCCAGCAGCCCAUUAAAGACAGCUAUAGUGCCCGUAGUGCCUAAGACUGCAGGACAGCCACAGCUGACUCUGCAGAACAGUGGGGCUCAACCGACUGUGAAACUGAUUGCCCCAGUGGUGGCCACUACUUCCAGUCCAGUCACCACCGCCUCUGUACCCACAGUUCCUGUUACUUCUGCUUCUCCAAGCACUUCCACCAGUCCGACAGGAAAAUAUGCCAUCACGCCUCAAGUUGUGCAGCAAGUGGUUCGACAGGCUUUGAUGCAAAACCAGACACCAGAGAUCCAGGCAAAGUUGCUGGCAAUGCAGCGCCAGAUACAACAGCAGCAGCAGCAACAACAACAAAAGCAAACAGUCACUUUGACAUCACCUGGUGGCAUUCAAGUGGCCAAGGCAGCAGUAGCUGCACCUACUAAAAUUCAGUUAGCCCCUGUUAGUCAGGGAACUGAACCAAAGGGUUUCAAAAGCAAGUUUUUGACCCAAGAGCAAAAAGAUGACCAAAUGAGGACUGCAGUGUGUAGCAUGGUUUUAAAGAGUCUGCUCGACAAAAUCGAAAGAGAGGAGAAGAUAGAACAGAAAAGGCAAAAGAAACAAGAGUCUGCAGAAGAGAAGCAAAAGCGACUCAUCACAGUCACCUUGCAGCGAGCCUUGUUUAAGCACAAGGAGGCUUUAAAGAAAGAAAUUCUGAAGAAGAGAUCUGUUAUGGAAAAGACACUGCAGCAAAAAAUCUUUAAAUCUGCUUUGCAGAUGGAGAUGGCAGAUACAAUAAAGCGCCAGAAGAAGACAACCAGCAAAACUAGUCCAACAUCUACUGCAUCAUCUUCAAUGCUAUCAGCUUUACAGCAAGGCAGCAACCCAACUCCUGUAAUGUUGGUCAAAAGACGUGAAGGAGAGUCCCCUAAGAUCACUGCAUACACCCCACCACCUGGACUCGCAGAUAGCAAAUCUGCCAAAAAGCGCAAAGGUUCGUUGAUGAGAAGUGGUCCCAUGCUAAACAACAAACAAAGGGUGAUAAGUGUUCCAGGCAGGAGUCGUGGGGAGAAGGUUUACUGUGUCUGCAGAACUCCCUAUGAUGAGACAAAAUUUUACAUCGGGUGUGACUUGUGCUCAAACUGGUUCCAUGGCAGCUGUGUAAAUAUUACAGAAGAACAGGCUCGUUUCAUUGACUCUUACAUUUGUGAUGACUGCCGCAAACAGCAGGAAAACACUUCUGAAGAGUUGUAUUGUUUGUGCCGAACACCAUAUGAUGAGAACCAGUUCUACAUUGGAUGUGACCGAUGCCAAGACUGGUUUCAUGGACGCUGCGUGGGGAUUUCAAAGGCGGAAGCAGACUCCAUUGAUACAUACAUCUGUCCAAAUUGUCAGCAAAAAGAAGAGGUUGACCCAAUAGCACAAAAAGAGCUGUCAUCAGAUGAUUUUGUCAACCUCCUAAAAAUUGUUCGCAGUCUGCAGGGGCACAAGAUGGCAUGGCCUUUUUUGACUGCUGUGGAUCCAAAAGAUGUUCCUGAUUAUUACAAGGUCAUAAAGGAGCCUAUGGAUCUGUCGAUGGUGGAGAACAGGGUAGCAUCAAAAACAUAUGCCAAGUUAAGUGACUUUGUGAAAGAUGUGACCAAAAUUUUUGAUAACUGUCGCCUCUACAACCCUACAGAUUCCCCGUUCUACCAGUGUGCUGAAGUUCUCGAAACUUACUUUGUACAGAAACUGAAAACCACUCGAGGGCAAUUUUGAAUGUGUUCCACAUAGUGCUGGUCAUGACAAAAGUAGCUAUUCUAUUCUUGUCUUGUUGAAUAAAUUUCAUAUUUAUUGCAUACAUUUUUUUGAUGAUCAUUGCCAUUAUUGUAGAUACUUCAUCCAUCUCAGAGUAUUUUACAGCAUUUUGUGCAACACAGUUCCUGGAAAAAUAAUUAAGUAGUUUAGCACUUACAGAUCUUGGCUUGAACAAGCCAGCACUUUUGACAACUUAAAAUCUUGUUUUGUACUCCCCAUUUUUGUAAAUAACCCAUCAUUUUACUCUUCUCAUCCAUGUUGUAGAAGAACUUAGCAGCAUCUCAAAAUGGUACAUAUAAAGUGGAAAAUAAAUUUUGUAGCUCUACA